GGGCCGGGGAUGGGGCGGGGGCGGCCCGUGCUCGGGGCUCCGGGCUGCUGCCCCCGCGCCCGGCCCCGCGGCUUGGGCGAGGCCCGGGGCAGACGCCGGGAGCCCGGAGCCUGCCCCCGACACCGACUCGUUCCGUGCCCUGGGCACGUCGCGACCCCGCCUGCGGCUCGUGGAGGCCGGCGCCGGCCCUCCGCCCCGGGCAGCGGGGAAGGGGCAAAGGACGGGCCGAGAAGCGGCUCCUCACGCCGCCCGGAGUUUCCGCCUGCAGCGCCGUGCACUAGCGGAGGGGAAAGUCCAUCUGCAGGGCCAAGGCGUAACCCUGCUCCGCAGCCCGGUUAAAGUUUUUUGAAGCAGUGGGGUUUCCGCAUCAGUCUCGGGUCACUUGUGUAUUCAGCACCCUGCCGUUCAGACCAGUUGUGGGUCUACGUUUCGUCUCGCUCUGCGCGGUACCAGAACAGCGAUUAAAGCAGAGAGACCGGGAGUCUGGACUCCUGGGUUUUUUAUUCUUGGCUCCGUUGCCUGACAUGAGACUGGCCAGACUGGGUCAGAGCAAAGGCCCAUCUAGCCCAGUGUCCUGUCUGCCGACACUGGCCAGUGCCAGGUGCCCCAGAGGGAAUGAACAGAACAGGAUGAAAGUCUGGCAUUUCCUGGUUGCCUUCAAGAACAAGAGUAGGAGGCGUGUCAGGCUGUAAUCAGUCCUGGGAUAUCGCUGCACCGGUCACACUUAAGGGACCCAGGCAAAUUGGGCAUGGAGGCGGAGGAGAACGAAGUGGAGAGCAGCAGCGAUGCAGCCCCUCAUCUGGCACAGGAAGAACCUUCGGAGAGUGGGCUUGGUGUGGAGACCUCUGAGGCCAUGUCCGCAGACAGCAGCGAUGCUGCUUCAGUGCCCAUCCUCUCAGAAGCAGAUGACUCUGGCGUGGGGCAGAGCUCAGACAGCAGCGGGGUGUCUCUGCCUGUCUGUUUUCCAGGAGGAAGUGUCGGAGAGCAGCUCCAGCACAGAUGCUAUUCCUAGGGUCUACCUUCCAGACUCUUCAUCUAUCGCCCAGUCUACCCUGGUCUCCAGCGUCUCCACAGUGAGCCAGUCCAUUAUGGUAUCGGAAUCCCCACAGGUCCUGGUUCACUCCAGCGUCAUCACCGAUGGGGCCACAAUGGUAUCGGACUCCACUGCAUCCACCUCCUCGGACCUGGGCUGUGCCAUAGACAAAAUCAUUGAGUCCACAAUUGGGCCUGACAUCAUCCAGAGCUGCAUCGCAGUGACGAGCGCUGAGGAUAGCGGUGCCCAGACUACCCAGUAUCUCAUUCUGCAGGGACCUGAUGAUGGUGCCCCCAUGGUGUCCCGGAUGGCCACUUCUGCUCUGGCCAACAGUUUGGCAAUAGAAGCCAUAGCCGAUGGACCCACCUCCACGUGCCUAGACCAGCCUGGCCCUUCCGAGCAGUCUGAAAUAUUGGAGCUGCCCACACAGCUGGAUCAGGCCAGAGAGGCAGAUGCUGGGGAGGAGCCAGACCAGCCGGACCUGGAGAGCUUGGAGGAGAUGAUGGAGGUGGUGGUGGUACAACAGUUCAGGUGCAAGAUGUGUCAGUACAAGAGCAUCUGCAAGAAAACGCUCAUCAACCACAUGAAGGAGCGCCAUUUCCAGCCAGUGGCUGCUGCUCUGGCCUUGAAGAAGGGGCGUCCGCGGAAGGGGGGACCCUCCCCAAAGCCUCUGGAGGAGGAUGUGCCGGAGGAGGAAGAGGAGGAUGAUAUCAUGGAUGCUGGAGCCAUUGAUGACCCUGAAGAGGACAGUGACUAUAACCCAGCCGAGGAUGAGCCUCGUGGGCGGCAGCCCAAGUACAGCCGCACUGUCCCCACGUCAAGUGAGGAGAGGCCACGCCGGCGGCCGGGGAGACCCCGCAAGUUCCCUCGCCUAGAGGACAUGCCAAAGCCUGAAGGUGGUGAGGAGGAGCCCUUAGUUACGUCCCAGAGCACUCUGAGCAGCGAGCUGCAGAGCUCCGAGGCAGCCAGCUCCUCCGUCCUGGAGAAUGGGGCCAGCGACCGCCUCGUGGAGCCCAGCAUCAGCCAGUCGGACUCGGAGAACAAGGAUCCGUCCUCCAACACAGGCCCUGAGGAGGCUGACACCAUGCCCAGGAGGCGAGGUCGGCCCUCCCGCCGCUUCCUGGGCAAGAAAUACCGCAAGUACAUCGGGCGCAGGUACUACUACAAGUCCCCCAAGCCUCUGAUGAGGCCCUACCUGUGCCGAAUCUGUGGCUCACGCUUCCUCACGCACGAUGACCUGCGCUUUCACGUUAACUCUCACGAGGCCAAUGACCCUCAGCUCUUCAAGUGCCUGCAGUGCAGCUACCGCUCCCGCCGCUGGUCCUCCCUCAAAGAACACAUGUUUAACCACGUGGGCAGCAAGCCAUACAAGUGUGGGGAGUGUGAUUACACAAGUGUGUACAAGAAGGAUGUUAUCCGCCACUCGACUGUGCACAGCCGGGACCGGAAGAAGAGAGCCGACCCGCCCCCAAAGUUGAACUCAUUCCCCUGCCCAGUGUGUAGCCGAGUCUACCCCAUGCAGAAGAGACUGACCCAGCACAUGAAGACUCACAGCACGGAGAAGCCACACAUGUGUGACAAGUGUGGGAAGUCCUUCAAGAAGCGCUACACCUUUAAGAUGCAUCUGCUGACACACAUCCAGGCCAUUGCUAACCGCAGGUUUAAGUGCGAGUUCUGUGACUAUGUCUGCGAGGAUAAAAAGAUCCUGCUGAACCACCAGCUGUCACACAUGAACGACAAGCCGUACAAAUGCAGCUUCUGCAAGUACUCCACCUUCCGUGAGGACUUCUUGGUGUCGCACAUGGCCGUCAAGCACACGGGGGGAAAGCCGUUUGCCUGCGAGUACUGUCACUUCACCACCAAGCACAAGAAGAACCUGCGCCUGCAUGUGCAGUGCCGCCACGCUGACUCCUUUGAGGAGUGGGCCCAGCGGCACCCCGAGGAGCCCCCCUGCCGGCGCCGCCCCUUCUUCACCCUGCAGCAGAUCGAGGAGCUGAAGCAGCAGCACAGUCAGGUGCAGGCUCCCACAGAGCCCGCGGCCAGCCCCCCGGUGAGUACCGCGGCCCCUGGCCCUCCCGCCUGCCCCCUUCCCUCAGGCUCGGGCAUGCUCUCAGCUGUUCUUCUCAUCCAGGUUCCGCCUGGCCCUGUGACCUACCACACCGUGCAGCCCCUCCCAACGGCGGAACCCUCCGUCCCUUCCCAGGACUCCCUGGGGGGAACCACCAUCAUUUAUGAGCAAGAUGUGGAGGGAUCGGCAGAGCUGGCCACGCAGACAGCCCUGGAUCUCCUGCUGAACAUGAGCAGCCAGCGGGAGCUGGCCACAGGCUCCCUGCAGGUGGCGGUGGUGAAGUCGGAUGGCUCUGGAGCGGCGCAGGCCCCCAAAGUCCCAUCACAGCAGGAGGAGGGGGCAGAUCUGGAUCCCACCGGGCAGCAGCAGAAGGUGGUGACGCUCCAUGUGGCUGAGCACGGAGAGGCCUUAGUGCAGGAGGCCUAUGAAGAGGCGACCCUGGGGAGCGCCGAGCUGCAGCAGAUCACCAUCCCGUUCGGGAGCACCGCGGAGUACAGCAUCAUCACGCCCGUCAGCGAGGAGAUCCAGGCCCCGCAGACACUCUACAGUGAGGAGGAGAGCCCAGCAGAGACCACCCGUACAGUCGUGGUGAGUGAUGCCAUGAUGGCCGAAGCGCUGACAGAGCACAGCAGUCACUACAUCCUGUCAGCCAGUUUCCCAGGGAGCCAGCUCCAUCACGUCGAGCAGCUCAGUGGGGACCCUGCCCUCUCACCAGGGGAAGGCCAGGAGGCCCAGGCCUCUGGCAGCAAGUGGCCCAUGCUGCAGUGCCUGGCCAGGCAGCUCCGAAAGAACUCUGCCUUCUCCCCAGCACCGGAGGGGCAGGAGAUCCCGUCUGCAAAGGUCAAAUGGCCCGCGCUGCAGGGUGUGGCCAAGAAGCUGUCGUGCAAGAUUUCCACAACCAAGAAGCUGUCGUGCAAGAUUUCCACAACCAAGAAAUUCUCGUGCAAGAUUUGCACAGCCAUGUUCACAGGGAGAGCAGAGAUGGAGAGUCACAAGAGGGCACACGUAGGGCCCAACACCUUUAAGUGUCCUGACUGCCCGUUCACAGCAGCUGUGUGGCUGGAGGUCCGGAGUCACAUGGCACAGCACGCCAGCCUUCGACCCCACAAGUGCUCCCACUGCAGCUUUGCCUCCAAGAACAAGAAGGACCUGCGCAGACACAUGCUGACGCACACCAAUGAGAAGCCCUUCGCCUGCCAGAUCUGUGGGCAGAGGUUUAACCGGAACGGGCAUCUCAAAUUCCACAUGCAGCGUCUGCACUGCUCCGAGGGGAAGCGGCUGGGGCAGCCAGCAGCCGCCACCCAGCAGACCAUCAUACUGAACAGCGACGAGGAAGCAUUGGCCACGCUGCAGACGGCUUUGCAGUCUGGCCAGGCAGUGCUGGCUCCUGAACGGCUGCAGCAGGCUCUGGGGCAGGAGCACAUCAUCGUAGCACAGGAGCAGAGCAUCACGAGCCCGGUGAGUCAGCCAGAUGCCUGUGCUAGCCACACAACCCCGCACCCCCACCCCCAAGCAGUGGCCUGUGUCCACUGUUCAGAGGGUCUGGGUUCGGCUACCGCAGUCACAGGCUGCAGCUUCUCUGUCUUGCAGGAGGAGGCCACGUACAUCCAGGAGAUCACAACGGCUGACGGGCAGACGGUGCAGCACUUGGUGACCGCCGAUAACCAGGUCCAGUACAUCAUUGCCCAGGACGGCGUGCAGCACCUGCUCCCCCACGAGUACGUUGUUGUCCCAGAGGGACAUCACAUCCAGGUACAAGAUGGCCAGAUCACCCACAUCCAAUAUGAACAAGGCAGCCAGUUCCUCCAGGAGCCCCAGCAGAUCCAGUACAUGCCAGUUUCCCCAGAGCAGCAGCUGGUUACCCAGGCUCAGCUGGAAGCUGUGGCACACUCAGCAGUGACAGCAGUGGCCGAUGCUGCCAUGGCCCAAGCCCAGGGCAUGUUCACCACAGAGGCAACGGCUGAGCAGAUCCAGCAGCUGCAGCAGGGGAUCCAUUACGAUGUCAUCACGCUGACGGAUUAAGGGCUGGGCACUUGCUGGGGACAGGCAGAUGCUCUGGGCCAGCCAUCCACUAGCCAGGCCGAAAGGGGCUAUAGGGUACAAGUCUGAGCACCCUCUGGCUGGGGUUGGCUAUUGACUUGCCGUAUGCAGCAGGAGGGCUGGGUCCUGCCUAUCCGCCCCUCUGCACAGGGUGCUGCAUCCUAAGCAAGGGCUGCUCCCCUGGCAUUCAUGUGGCUAAGGGGCUGGGUGGGUGGUGGCGUGGCCCUGGCCACUGGGCCUUUUGCACCUGACAGUCCCGGAUCCUUUUUCCUGCAUUGUGUCCUCGAGCUGCCGCCUGCCUGCCCUACGAGGUCCCAGCGUGAGACGGUGCUGAGCACAGCCAUGUCGUGAAAAGGCCAUUCAAUUGCAGCAGCUGUGUAGGGUGCAUGGGCCUGGCACGGAGAGGGCUUCCCACCUCGGCUUUCCUGGCCUGCAGGCAGGCAGCGCCCGGGCUCUGCACAGGGAGAGCAGCAUGACCUGGAGAGAGGGAACCACAAAGGAAGAGGCAAUAGUUGAGAUGUUCUAUUUUUCUUCCAAACAGAGACGGACUCUGCUGGAGAGAGCUGGUUUGUAGGGGGGAGGGGGAUAAAUGCAAACCAUCUGAAGCUUUGAAUCUGCUUAUGAAUAAAAAGGCGUCGGACUCUG